AUGACAGCAUUUCUUUUCAGAGGUAAACAAAUGCUUGGUGAUCCACAUUUGGGCAUCCAAGCACAAUCUCUUGUACAAGAACAACCACUUUUGCCUCGUUCUACAAAAAAUCAUUUAUGUGAUCGGGAUAUGCAUGAUUGGCUUAAUAAAACACUAAUUCAAGAGAAGGAUGAUUGGUACAAACAUGUUUUGCCUGAAACUGACAAUGAUAAACAUUAUUAUACCCAAUUACCAAGUAUUUUGUUUGGAAUGGUGGAAGACACGGUAGCUCUUUCGAAAGAAAUUUCUCAAGAUAUUAUUCCUCGUGUUAUUGAUAUUGCUGUGGAUGAAUUUGCUAUUUUCUCUGGGAAAUAUAAGGAUGCUGCAAUGGCUUAUAAAGGAAAACACUUUGAAGAUCGUUCUCUUUUCCAACAUUAUACAGCUACGAUUAUUGCAAUUGCAAACAAUUUGGAUAUUUGUCUCGAUUCUACAGAUAAACUUGAAAAAAAUAUUCGUUUAACAAUGGAAUCUAAUGGUAGUGGGGGUGCAUUAUCACCAACAGAACAAUUGGGAGAAUUAAAUGGAAAUGGGUCUCUCACUACACGUUCUACAGCUGGCGGGUUUUCUGUUGUUAAUAGACAAGAAUUAAUUGACAAAAUGGAACAAUUAAAAAAGAAAUUUGAUGUUGGAAUACAAUUUACAAUUUCUGCUCUUUUGGAAGAAGUUUUAGAAGAUAUUAUUAAACAUUUAGAGCAAAUAAUGACACGUAGUUGGUUAAUGGGAUCUAAUGAUUUGGAAACUAUUUGUAUUACAAUUGCUGAUUAUUUUAAUGAUUAUAAACAUUUACGUGGACAUAUUAGAAGUAUGUUAAUGAGAGAAUUACUUUUUAAACUUGUUGCUGAAUUUAUGAUUGGAAUUGAUGUUCGUCGAUUAACUUUCAAUAAAUAUGAGGAACGCCAUUUGGCUAUGCCAGCAAUAGUUAAUAUUCUUCCUGCUAUUGGAGAAAUGUUAGAUUUAAGAGAUAAAACACUUUUGGGACUUGAAGCCUCUUCACUUGUUCGAAAAUAUCCAGACAUUCCUGUUGAAUAUCUCACUUCUUUAAUACAAAUACGUGAAGAUAUUGGACGAGCUGAGGCUAAAAAUAUUGCUGAGGAAGCAGUCAACAAUGCUCGUUAUCACCCUAAAGGGGAUCAAGAUGCUCAAAAACUCUUUCAAAUGUCCAAACCAGGCUUAACUUCAAAAACUGGAAGAGCAUUGCCCGCUCUUGAAUCAACAAUGCAUAAUAUGUUUGCCACGAUUAUAACAACUACAAAAGGGGGAAUACAGGGAAAUAACAAGUGA